AUGAAUAAGGAGGACGCAAUGACGUUCCCUCUCAUUGCCUCUGCUGCCCUUUUUGGUUUGUACAUUGCUUUCAAGUAUUUCAACGAGAAUGUGGUUAAGAUGCUCAUUUUUAUUUAUCUGAUCAUUGCAUCGUGCGUUGCGAUGGCGGGAUGCAUUAAUUUGGUCCUUGAGAACUAUUUCCCUCUAGUGAUCUACCAGGUGAAUAUCAAAUGGCCAUUCAAGAUUCAGUUCACAAUUCGUCUUUGUGACCUGCUUUCGUAUCCGAGCUCGUUUGCAUUGGGUAUUUUAUACUUCGUGUACAGCCACUGGUUCGGCAACAAUGUCUAUGGCAUCUGCCUCUCUCUGGCCUACGAAUCCAUCGGUUCUUUCAAGAACGGAUGCUUACUGCUUGCUGGUCUCUUCCUCUACGAUAUUUUCUGGGUCUUCGGUACGGAAGUCAUGGUGAAAGUGGCAACCGGCGUGAAGGGUCCCAUCAAGUUCGUGUUCCCCAAAGCGCUUCCCGCUCCGAUGGAAUACACGCGUGAGGGCUUCAGCAUGCUGGGUCUGGGCGAUGUGGUGGUUCCUGGGUUCUUCAUUGCCUUUUUGCUGGCGUUCGACGCGUACAACGCGCGCAAAGAAGGCAAAAACACGGCGGAGAGCACGGAUUGGAGCAAGCCGUACUUCCACACCGGCUGCGUUUUCUAUGCGCUGGCUCUGCUGAUCACGGUGGUGGUGAUGAUCGCGUUUAAGCACGCGCAGCCAGCGUUGCUGUAUAUUGUGCCCGCGUGCUUUAUCGCCUCGUUCGGCACGGCGCUGGUGAAGGGACAGCUGUCUGAGCUGUGGAACUAUUCGGAAGAGAAGAUAACGACGAAGUACUCGAAGAAGGAGGAUUAA